AUGUCCGACGAUGAGUUAGGGUUGGAUUCCAUGUUUCCUGAACCCCUUAGGCCACCGACUCCAGAUCCAACGUUCUCUAUCUACAAGCGUGAAAAGGCGUCCGGCUCGGUCGAUGAUUGGUCUGAAUUAAAUAUCAGAUUAGUUGGAGUGCAUCCAUUGUGGGGACACCACUUAUGGAAUUCUGCCCGUUCGGUAGCAUCAUACUUGGAUAAUCAUCCGGAUCUAUACAUCAAUGGGUCUGUACUCGAGCUAGGCGCAGGAGGCGGGCUACCUUCCAUCGUCGCUGCCAAUAAUGGAGCAGCAAAGGUCAUUUUGACUGAUUAUCCGGACGCGGAUCUAAUUAAAAACAUGGAGUUCAACGUCGAUAAGAAUGUACUACCAUCUUGCAAGUAUACUGUUUCUGUACAGGGUUUCAUCUGGGGGUCAUCAAUUCAGCCUCUCUUAUCUUCUUUGACGAACACGACUGGCUUCAAUCUCAUAAUCCUGUCUGAUCUAAUCUUUAACCAUUCUCAGCAUGAUGCUCUACUGAAAACUUGUGAACAAGCAUUACUGCCCGACGGUGUCCUUUGUACACCGUCGGUGCUAGUUUUUUACACGCAUCAUCGACCGCAUCUCGCCCUUCGGGACGUGGAAUUCUUUACGAAGGCGCGGGAUAGAGGAUGGCACUGCGAAGAAAUCCUCACGCAGAAAUUCGAGCCCAUGUUUCCCGAUGAUCCGGGCGAAGAAGAAGUCAGAGCGACCGUCCAUGGCUGGAAGCUGACUCGCACAUUAUGA